UUUACCAUAUAUAGAGAUUCUCUAAAUUCACGCUUACCUUCGUCGGAUUCGAUUGAGCAGCUGGAAAUUCUGAAAUAAAAGGUACAAAAUAGAGGAAAGGAGACCACGAAUCGGAGAAAUUAUCAUCGUUUUGUUAUCUGCUAGCCUUCAUUUUUGUCAGACGCCGUCACCAAGCAUUGGAAGAUCGAUUGCAGAUCAAAAUUCACCUCAGUUUGGCAGAUUGAUUGAUGGCAACAAGUGUCGCCGCAGGCAGCGGCCUACACUUUAAAGACACAAUUUACAGGGGACAGGGCUGCCGGUGGGCUUAUAUGGUUCGCAGUAUAGCAGUCUCGAACUGCAUGCAGAAAGAGAUCUCAUGGACUCAUGGCGUCUCUAAAAGCUUACACAUCAACAAGAAUAAAUAUUUGCACUCUCAAACUAAGGAAAAUCAUAAGCAAAUCAGAGCUUCAAGCUUGAGAGAUGAUUAUAGCAAAUAUUUUGAUUUUGCUGUGAUUGGAAGUGGGGUGGCUGGCCUCCGUUAUGCUCUUGAGGUUGCAAAACAUGGAACUGUUGCAGUCAUUACAAAGGCGGAGCCCCAUGAGAGCAACACCAACUAUGCACAAGGUGGCGUGAGUGCCGUUUUCUGCCCAUCAGACUCCGUCGAGAGUCACGUGCGGGACACAAUGGUCGCGGGUGCUUAUCUAUGUGAUGAGGAGACCGUUCGAAUUGUGUGCACUGAAGGACCUGAGAGAAUAAGGGAAUUGAUUGCAAUGGGGGCUUCAUUUGAUCAUGGGGAGGAUGGGAAUCUGCACUUGGCAAGGGAAGGGGGACACUCUCAUCGAAGGAUUGUACACGCUGCUGAUAUGACUGGCCGAGAAAUAGAGAGAGCGCUGUUAGAGGCUGUCAGGAAGGAUCCUAAUAUUUCCGUCUUUGAGCACCAUUUUGCAAUAGAUUUGCUGACUUCACAGGAUGGUUCUGAUACAGUUUGUCAUGGUGUUGACACUUUGAAUACAGAGACAAAUGAGGUCGUGAGAUUCAUUUCAAAGGUAACCUUACUUGCAUCAGGAGGGGCUGGGCAUAUCUACCCGAGCACUACAAAUCCUCCGGUUGCAACUGGGGAUGGGAUGGCUAUGGCACACCGAGCCGAAGCUGUAAUAUCUAACAUGGAGUUCGUGCAGUUCCACCCGACUGCUUUAGCCGAUGAUGGACUCCCGAUUAAACCAACAAAGCCCCGUGAAAACGCCUUUCUGAUAACCGAGGCCGUAAGAGGAGAUGGAGGCCUCCUAUUCAACUUAGCCAACGAGAGCAUAGACGAUCAGCUCAAAAAACACAACGAGAAAUACGUUCUCCUCGACAUAACCCACAAGCCCAACCACCAAAUCCUAUCCCACUUCCCAAACAUAGCUUCCGAGUGCCUUCGUUAUGGGCUCGACAUUACCCGCCAGCCCAUUCCAGUUGUCCCUGCGGCCCACUACAUGUGUGGCGGUGUUCGGGCCGGGCUUCAAGGAGAAACUAACGUAAUUGGACUCUACGUGGCCGGUGAGGUGGCAUGCACGGGCCUUCACGGCGCAAAUCGCCUCGCGAGCAAUUCACUUCUCGAGGCCCUCGUUUUUGCCAGGCGGGCUGUUGGGCCGUCGAUCGAGCACGUGAAUAGUUUGCGGGCCGAACACAGGGCUGCUUCUUCCCAGUGGUGGGCCCGGCCCGUUAUGCCGAGAUCGCUUGGGGAAACUAUAUUGAGGAAAAUUGUUUGCCGGACGAGGGAAGUUAGGAAGGAUCUUCAGAAGGUGAUGUGGGAUUAUGUGGGGAUUGUUCGGUCGACUGCUAGGCUUGAGAUGGCCGAGAAGAAGAUUGGGGGUUUGGAGUUGGAAUGGGAGAGUUAUUUGUUUCAGCAAGGGUGGGAGCCGACAAUGUCCUCCUUGGGACCCCUCGAGAUAGGUGUACCUGGGCCGCGGGACUCAGUUCUCGGGCCUUUGAGAGGCUUCCCACUCGGGCCCUGUCCUCUUUAUAGCCUGUUAUUUUCAGCUGGAAUCCUCUCAGCUUUUCCUUACUAA